AAAAGUGCAGAGUCAUACCAGCAGCACUGGGUGGCUGUUGUGACCUUUAGCCCUGAUACAAACUUCUAACGUUAGAACUGGUUUUACAAGGAUUUAUGCAUUAUGGCUGUUGUAACUAGGGUGUGCAACUAACCUUAUAUAACUCGAGAGCAAGACUUAAAGGCAUUAGGUCCAGGUGGGGUCAUGGGGGGUCGCAGGCAUCGGGCUGGACGGGCUGCGAGGAAGAGGAGGCAGAAACAAGAAAGUGUCGUCCAGUCAGUCUCGCUGUGUCACCAGCGGCAGUAUGUGAGGCUGUUGAAGUUUCUUCACCAACGGGGAUUCACCUCAACGCUGCUGAAGCCAGCCCUCUUCACUGAUACAGGCAGAGGACUGCAAGCUCUCAAGACCAUAAAGCCUGGCCAGCUGGUAAUUUCUCUGCCAGAGUCCUGUCUCCUCACAACCUCAACUGUUCUGGACAGCUACCUGGGACAGUAUAUCAAGAGCUGGAAGCCUCGCCUCUCUCCCCUGCUGGCACUCUGUGUCUUCCUGGUGUGUGAGCGACAGCGAGGAGAGGCCUCUGAUUGGUUCCACUACAUCAACGUGCUGCCCACCACUUACACCUGCCCUGCCUAUUUCACUGAUGAUGUCAUGGCUGUUCUGCCUACCAGUGUGCGGAGACGGGCUUUAGAGCAGAGGGAGGCGGUGCGAGAAAUCCACUCCUUUAAUCAAGACCUUUUCAGAUCCCUGCAGCCAAUCCUGAGUCAGCCCGUGGAGGAGGUGUUGACAUAUGAAGCAUUGAGGUGGGCGUGGUGUAGUGUCAACACACGCUCUGUCUUCAUGUCCCACCCAUCCAACAACUUCCUGUCUGGACAGGAUGUUUAUGCUUUAGCUCCAUUUCUGGACCUGCUUAACCACCGCCCUGACGUACAGGUAAAAGCAAGUUUCAAUGACGUAACAAGAUGUUAUGAAAUCAGGAGCGUUUCCGGGACGCUCCGUUACCAGCAGGCCUUUAUUAACUACGGUUCCCAUGAUAACCAGCGCCUGAUGCUAGAGUACGGAUUUGUCGCCCACUGCAACCCACACAGUGUGGUCUAUGUGGAUACAGAUCUCCUCUGUGACGUUUUAAGAGGCGACAGGAGUUUGGAUCAGAAGAUCAAGUUUCUCAAAGAGAACAAUUUCCUUCAUAAUCUCACUGUGUCCAGUGAAGGUCCCAGUUGGAGGCUGAUGACGGCUCUCAGACUGUUGUCGCUGCCACAAACACUGUAUCACCACUGGAAGGCAGUGUUGCUCGGCCAGGUGGUGAGUGAAGAGAGAGAGGAGUGGAGCGUCCAGACAGCUUUGACUCUCUGUCAGAGACUGCUACAAGACACACACAGAACUCUGGAAAAGAUCUCCCACCUCCUCCAGCAGUGUGACCAGUCAGUCAGGGAGCAGCUAGAUGUGGUCAAGUCACUGCGACAGGAGGAGAGGUGCAUCCUGGGAAGUUGUCUUGAGGCACUGGAAGACACGCUGAGACAACCAGACAAACUGUUGUCACGCCAACCUGAUGAUGACACUGUGAGCUGACAUCUGAUCGGUGCUCUGGCCUGCCAGUCGUGGCUGGACAGUCUCCAUGUUCCUGUUCUGCUUGUAGACCAGUAUGGCAGCAGGAUUGUCUGACGUCCUGUAACCACAGGGUCACAAGUUUAAUCGCAGGUAUGAUGAAAGAGCGUCAGCCCUGUUAUAAAGACAGUGAGGCUCUCAUCACCACCAUCAAUUGAGCCAAGUGAAGGUCAAAGAUACAGUACACUAAAAUUACUGUAAACAAACUAUUCUUGGAACCUUCUGGACUCAUGGAAGAGUAGAGAGGAGCAGAUCGGUCAAUAAGGACUGUCAAAUCCUUCAUGUUGUCUUAUUUAUUUUCUGAUUGACGGUACAGAACAGUACAGUUCCUGAUCAUUUCCAUUCAGGAGCUGACAACUGCAACAUUACAUAACACAUUUUAUGACAGCCACAUACAUUGCAGUUCCUGUUUAUAUUGGAAUUUGGACGACUUGUAAGCAAAACAUAAAACUUGUAAAAUAUGUCCCUCAAGAAAAUCACCAGAAUUCAUCUUUUUCUGAUAAAAUAUCUAUUUAUUGAGUCAAAUGAAUCAUUGUGGAUUCUCAAAGAAACCAAGUAACAAACAAUGAGCAGACAGGCUUUAAUGUGGGCUGUUAACAUGAGUGUGUUUUUCUGAGUGUUAGCCCAGAAAGGCGACAGGUUCAUCAUGAUGUUCCAGCUGAUGCAUGCUGCGAUAGCUUUCAGGCCCCUAAAAACAUUUAACAAGUAAAAACAAUGACUGUUUGUAAUUGUUCACUUGCUAUAUUAAAGCUUGCUAAUUAAGUUGAACUGCAGAGGGAAGUGACCCCAGACGAAUGUCUGAGUGCGUUCUGGUCAGAGUAGAACAACCGCCUUUUUCUUCUGGUGACGCUGGACAGUCUCCAUGGCGACUGUGGCUUCAUAGAGCGGGACUGGCUCCUCAGGCUGAGGUCUGGAGCGACAGAUUGAAACCAAACAGACAGACCAACAGAUUACAUUUGAUUCAGUUAGACUACGGUGUAUGCAUCUUGAAAACAGUGGGCGGUAAUUCCAUAUUUUGUGCUUGCAGUUUUGGUGGAGUAACUUGCAGAGGGUAGAGAAAGGACAGAAGAGAUGUGACACACAAAAUACAGUUUUUACCUGUAGUUUCCUUCCUCUCCUAUAUUUAAAGCUGCACUAGGCAACUUUUCAAAUAGUGGCAGAAAGAGGUCACCCAGAAAAAUUAAAAUGAAAUCAUGUCAUGUGACAUGCUCAUGUUUACCAACCUGCAUUUACAAUUAUACCAAAGAGAUGAGAAAGAUACCUACUUUGUGAUUUAGCCUAACCUUUAUAUGAGGGAGCAUUACUGCCAACAAGAAUGAAUUUAAGAACUGAAUUUAAAUUUAUAUUUCAUGUUUUGAAAGUUUUGAUACUGAGUUUGAUCAAAUUUUAUUUCCACUAUUCAUCCAUUUUCUGAACGGCUCAUCUUGUUAAUUGUCAUUGGGCAAACUGAAUUUGUAUUCAGUAUGACAAAUUUGUCUGACACCAGUAUCUACCCAUGGACAAACAGGACAUCUUACCCACUAGAGCUUUAAUGUGCCUGACCCGUUACAACCCUACUGAGUGGUGUGUUUGAGUUACCUGAGUACUCCAGCUGACAUCUUCUCCACAAUGUCCUUCAGAAUAUCUGACACAAGGCCGUUAAGGAGGAAAGGUAUGUGCCUGAUCAUGUGCAUGUAUUUGAGAUUACACACUGUGAGGACAGGAUACGGAGGUAUCUUCCUUGCUGAGCUGAUGAAGCCGUCCAGACUUCGUGGUUGAGGAAAGUCACAGAGGCCGAUUUUAAGUACAGUAAUCUGCAAUCUGGAGGAUCCAACUGUAAAAAUACAAAAACACACAACGGUAGUACUGAGGUUGAAAACAUUCAGACUGACCAGGUAUACCUUCACUUUGAACUUUUGAAUUGAGCUGUACAAAAUUAUGAUAAUACUUAUUUGUUUAAUAAAAUGCUUAUUUUCUUAGCCCAUUAGGAAUAGAGUCAAGCUGUCGUCUGUAUUCAGUUUAUCUUCUUAACUGGAGAUUUUCAAAGAAGAGGGAUAAUAAAAUAAUCAAUAUGAAGUAA